AUGCCUCGUCGCACGUCGUUACGCUCGUUAUUGACAGGGCCAAGCACCCCUGUUCAGCAAUCAUCGGAAGCUGAAAGCGGCCCUGUCGCUGCAAAUGGCCGUCUCACCCGUGCACGAUCCGCAAGGAGUCUUGCAGCUUCCUCUGUAGUCGAUGAACUUUCCUUCGACACUACAGAGUCUCUAUCGUCGGCUCUUACGCCAUUUGGCCAAACUUCAGAAAGCGGCUACUCCACGCCUGGAACCAGUAAACUCCCAAGCCCUGCCGAAGCAGCCAGACCAUUAAAGACCUCUCAAUCCCUUGAAGUGCGCAUUCCUGCCAAGAGCAGGCUGCAAGAACCCGAUGGAGAUGAGCGAGCCUUACGACAUAGCGUCUACUCAUUAAGCUCAAAAGCAAAGGGAAAACGAGUCACCGAAAUUGAAGAUUCAGAGGAAGAUGACGAUGAUGUCUAUCCUGGCAACAGUCGCGAUGCCCAAGUAGCUCGUCGGCUGCAGAACGAAGAAUACCGCCGAGCAAGCCUAAGAUCUCGCCGCUCUAUGGCUAGCGAGGUUCAAUCUCCUGCCCCGGCUGAAGCAUCGGUGAAACGAACCAGAUCUCUGUCAGGCCCUUCUUCAGCGGAAAAGCGACCGACCAAAAAAAGCAAGAUCAUACCUGAUUCAGACUCUGGUGCAUCGUCUAGUUUAGAUUUAGACGCCGAAAUGGCUGCUGCUGCUGCAUUGGAAGACCAGCUCGCAGACCAGCUCGCUAAUGAGGUUUCCUCGUCUGAUGAAUAUGAUUCAGCGGUUGAAGAAAGGGCUAAACCUUUUGAUCAAACGAAGAGACUGAAGACUAACCGGGGCUUCUCCAGCGUGGCUUUUCCUGAUCCCAAAACUGCAUCCGAUAUGGAGACACCACCGUUAGCACUUCCUUCAGACAUGUCAUCUGGGCUUCCAUCUGACCUUUCCGGCUUAUCAUCUGGUAUUAGCUCUGCCACUGUUAGUGAUAGUGAAAGCGAUGAUUCCGAAGCAGCCGCGCCAGAGCCUGGUGCACUUCGGAGAAUUGCUAAUCAGAGACGUGCAUACCGACCGUCUAGACACAAAAGCCGCACCGCCAAGGAGCGAGAUCGCCUUGAGAAACAUCACCCUGAAUUAGUCACUAUGUGGACGGAUUUGGAGAACAUGCCGGCAAUAAAUGCCGGCAAGAUAGACCAACCGACGAGUAUAUCAAGGCAGCUGAAGCCUUUCCAGCUGGAAGGUGUGGCUUGGAUGAAGGAAAUGGAGAAAACAGAAUGGAAAGGUGGCCUUCUAGGCGACGAAAUGGGCCUGGGCAAGACGAUCCAAGCCGUCUCUCUCAUCAUGUCUGACUACCCCGCGAAGCUGCCCACUCUGGUCCUUGUCCCUCCUGUCGCACUCAUGCAGUGGCAGUCGGAAAUCAAAUCCUACACGGACGGAACUCUCAAGACCUUUGUGUUCCACGGAACCAAUACAAAGGCCAAGAAUAUUACAGUUAAGGAGCUCAAAAAGUUCGAUGUCAUCAUGAUGUCCUACAACAGUCUUGAAUCCAUGUAUCGGAAGCAAGAAAAGGGGUUCAAGCGAAAAGAUGGCAUCUACAAGGAAAAGAGCGUCAUUCACAGCAUUACUUUUCAUCGAGCCAUCCUUGAUGAAGCACAUUGUAUCAAAACACGAACCACAAUGACUGCUAAAGCAUGCUUCGCGUUGAAGACCGUGUAUCGUUGGUGCUUAACUGGCACACCUUUGCAGAACCGAAUCGGAGAGCUCUUCUCCUUGGUGCGAUUUCUCAAUGUCAAACCGUUUGCUUUGUAUCUCUGCAAACAAUGUACCUGUUCGAGGCUUGAAUGGUCCAUGGAUGAUAACAGUCGUUGUUCCGACUGCAACCAUGCUGGUAUGCAACACGUCUCUGUCUUCAACCAAGAACUUCUCAAUCCUAUUCAGAAGUUUGGCAAUUUGGGCCCUGGCAGGGAGGCGUUCCGGAAAUUACGAUUGAUGACAGGUCGUAUCAUGCUGCGACGUCUCAAGAAGGACCACACUGACUCGAUGGAGCUUCCUGUGAAGGAAGUGCAUGUCAACCGCCAAUUCUUCGGAGAAGAGGAAAACGACUUUGCCAACAGUAUCAUGACCAACGGUCAGCGCAAGUUUGAUACCUAUGUUGCGCAAGGUGUCCUUCUGAAUAAUUAUGCCAAUAUCUUUGGUCUCAUCAUGCAAAUGAGACAGGUGGCCGACCACCCUGACUUGAUUUUGAAGAAGAACGCUGAUGGAGGCCAAAACGUUUUGGUUUGCUGCAUCUGUGACGAGCCAGCAGAAGACACUAUUCGGAGUCGCUGCAAGCAUGACUUUUGCAGAACAUGCGUAUCUGCAUAUAUCAAGUCUACUGAUGAGCCUGACUGCCCUCGAUGUCAUAUUGGGCUGGUGAUUGAUCUCGAGCAGCCCGAAAUCGAGCAAGACGAAGCCAUGGUCAAGAAGUCGUCAAUUAUCAAUCGUAUCAAGAUGGAAAAUUGGACUUCUUCUUCUAAAAUUGAGCUGCUCGUUCAUGAACUCCACAAGCUGCGCUCUGACAAUGCCACGCACAAGUCCAUCAUCUUUUCCCAGUUCACCACAAUGCUGCAGCUUAUCGAGUGGCGACUUCGAAGAGCUGGAAUCACCACUGUCAUGCUGGAUGGCAGUAUGACCCCUGCUCAGCGCCAAGCAUCGAUUGAGCACUUUAUGAACAACAUUGAUGUUGAAUGCUUCCUCGUAUCACUCAAGGCUGGUGGCGUUGCACUCAAUCUCACCGAGGCAUCGCGAGUGUUCAUCAUAGACCCUUGGUGGAAUCCGGCCGCUGAGUGGCAGUCUGCUGAUCGUUGCCAUCGUAUUGGACAAACUCGACCCUGCACCAUCACGCGUCUUUGUAUUGAGGAUUCUGUCGAGAGCCGAAUGGUACUGAUCCAAGAGAAGAAAACGAGCAUGAUUCACUCCACUGUUAAUUCAGAUGACAAAGCGAUGGAUACUUUGAGCCCUGAGGAUAUGCAGUUCCUUUUCCGGGGCUCUUAA